AUGGGAAGAAGGACAAAGAUGAAGAACAAUCCACGAGAAACUGAAGCGACGACAUACUCGAACUCAAUUCCUAUUGACUUGCUGUUCGAAAUCCUCUUGAGAUUGCCAGCGAAGUCCGUGACAAGAUUCGUUAGCGUAUCAAAGCUAUUUGCAAAAAUCAUCCGUAGUCAAGAUUUCAUAAGAUCGUUCUCGUUUCGGUCUUCAAAGCAGAAACAACGUGUUCUCUUAGCUUUCAGUGGAGUAGAUAAAGAAGAAGGACGCGAGAAUUGGUUCUUCCUCUCCUCAUCAUUAGAGGAUUCAUCAUCAUCGGUUUUUCUAUCUACUAAGGCUUGCCACGCACCGGAACUUCGUUACACUCGACCUAGUUGCGUCCAUGGUUUGAUAAGUUUUGUCUACGGUCAAGAACACAUCAUAUGUAAUCCAGCCACUGACUUUAGAGGCAUUGCUCACACGGGUGCGGUUAUAUAUGCAACGUAUGAUCUGGAGGAUUAUCAUUUACUCCUUCACGACCGUAAGACGGAUACGCUAAAAGAUGUUGAGAUUGAUGUAAACUCAUAUGAGUUUGGACGAUUGUCUGGUGUAGUUAGUCUUGUGGAUUAUGUAGAGAGUCUUAUGUUUUCAUAA